ACGUACCUAUUUCUAUUAAUUAUUGCUCCAAAACAAAAUCCACACAUGCAAUUGUUGAACAAGCUAAGUGUCUAGCUAUAUAGCCCCUACACAGAUUAUUAUUGGUCACACUUCCUUUUAUAUAUAGAAUGGGGAAAUUUAGUUUUGGUAAGGUGUUAGACAGUUUAUGUCUGUCUUCAUCAGCAGGGUGUUGUUUUUGCAGCAAUAGUAAUGGCGGCUUUGAAAGUGAAGUUACCUUGGACGACGAAAUUGAGAAAAGGCCACUCUGCAGGGACGACGACGAUGCGGAUCCCAAGGAUGACAAACGUGCUCAUAUGUUGAAAGAUCUCAUUUCUGGACCUCCAACCUUGGCUUUUCAGCUCAAGCCUAAGAUGGUGGUUCUAAGGGUCUCCAUGCACUGCUAUGGUUGCGCCAAGAAAGUGGAGAAACAUAUAUCCAAGAUGGAGGGUGUGACCUCCUACCAAGUGAACUUGGAAACGAAGACGGUGGUAGUAAUCGGAGACAUUAUUCCUUUUGAAAUAUUAGAGAGUGUUUCCAAACUAAAAUAUGCUGAACUUUUGAGCAACGCUACCCACUCAGAUUAAUUGUUCGAUCUCCAAUGCUGGGCUACUUUAUACUUGUGAGACUUUGUUGUCUUCAAACAUUUUUUUCUAUUUAUUACUUAUUUUUAAAGAUUCUAAUUAGAUCUGUAAUAACUUUAAAUUACAUUACAAUUAAAUCAGACAAGAUCAUCUCAAAUCAGUCUUAAUAAAUUUAGAUCCAAUUC